GAUGCCGCCGCAUUGCCGUUCGAGGUUUCACGCGACGGCCCUGAGCAGACGAGAGACUGCGAGACGCUUGCAUUUAUACUGCUCCGUCGACGUUGGUCGCACAUUCCCGCGUCAAAUUCACCAGCGCAACAGUAGUUGGGACAACAACGACAGCGACAACCUCGUGAUCGUCAACGUGCAACGAAACCACCGCCUGAUCUCACGCUCACCGUGGCCGACUUCGUGGACUAACCUAGCGGUAGCUCUCUCUCAGGACGAGCCGCGGCGUAGUCGCUAUGACAAAAGGUGGCAUCACUGGGGAUGUGUUGGAAGCACGGACGAUGUAGCGCUCAUUGAUAUGACGCCAUUUUACUAACCUUUUCCGUGCAGCGCGCACCGCGACCAGCUCCUCUCGUAGGCGCCGAAAUACUCCGUGUUCACGCAUCGUUACAGUGCAUGCGGCCGAAGGCGUCGCAGCUUGUGUACAGCUCUACGUUCUGCGGAAAGUAACGUACUGUAGCAGUCUGUACUAUUAUGGAAGAUGAGGAUGGGGAAAGUAGAAGUACGGAUAUGUGGCCUAUCUUGGGAGAGCGAGUCUGUGAACCCAAAUUGGGCAAUUCAUUGAAACAUUCCAAUGAUGGUGAAGGUUAUACGGAUGGAGUCGGAGAUGACAAGCAGUUGCAGGGACACUACAGUCCAGUUGUAACAAAGGAUUCAUCAAGUACGAGUAAGAGUACCAGUACAGGGCCAAGACUCACAUUCAAGGGUUUCAAGAAGCGCUUCUUAGCCGAAGCACGGGAACUCCACAGUGCAGUGUUGAGGAACAGUGCACUAGAACAGCAACAGUUACCGCGCUCUAAUGCCUCGACGAAAAGUGGUGGCAAGGAGAGGCGGGCAGAGGGAAAGCAUAAGAUAACCGAGUAUUUGGGCCUUCAGCCUUCCUCGCGGCACAAGUGCUCCAAGUGCCACGGCUGGCUAAAUUGUGGUCCUAAUUCGAAGCAGAAUCUCUGUGUGUGCAGUCCCAGCAUGACGCCGAUGCCCAGCACCUCCGAGUCGGCGUCGUUGCCACACGCUUCCAGCAACUUCAAGAUCACGAGAAAGGUGUACCUUUGCGCGGCAUGCGGCACAUACUUUGAAAAUUGGAACUUGUUUCUUCAUAUGAGAGACAUACACAAGCGGCACAUAUGCCUUUUUUGCUUGGGCAUGUUCGGCCAGGCGGAGAGGCUGCUGCAUCACUUGUCGAAGAAGCACAAUGUUCCCGACCUAGAAUUCGCCUCGGAGGACGAGUUCUACAGCGUUUUCAAGGGAUCGUGUUACUUGGUGUGCUGCAGCUGUGAGAGGAUCUUCUCGGAGACCGACAAUUUUUACAAUCACUUCUGUUCACCGACCUUCAAGCAGGAUGCGACUGCCGGCAUGUCGGUGUGCACUCUGUGCAGGCAAACUGGCACGCACGCGAGUACCUGUAAUUUCGCACUAUCGUCAGACGCGGACAGAGGAUCGUAUACCCCGAGCACACCGGUACCGACCGCCACUGAUUCGACGCGCGUGGAAGAUUCGUCGCCAGCGGCUGCUGUCCCAUCAGCGGAGAAAAUCCUGAAUCUCGGUGGCAAAGGGCUGCCGAGAAAAGCAGUGAAGAACAAUAGGAGCAAACUCGGUGCGGAAUUAAUACAGAAUUCGCACCAGCUCAAGUUAAAUGCGCUGACGAGAAAGUUCGGCGCGAGGGGACGAUGCAACAAGAGCCAAUCGCUCUGCGAGUCCGACAUGCCCAAGGAGGUCGUCAACAACCUAACCAGAGACACGGUCUCUGAAACAAUAAUGGAGGUAUCUAGGUACACGGGCAGCUCGUCCGACGAGAACGACGAGAACGACGAACAGGCGAUGAACAAAGACGUCAGUCGAGACAAGGGGUCGGACGAGAAGUCCCCGGCGCAGAAUCACCAGCUCGACUGCAAUGAGCCUUACGACAGCGUGACGGAGACCAUCAUGGAGGUAUCUCGCUGCACGAGCGACACCGACGAGGAGGAUACGACUCCGAGGGAGCUUCCUCCGACGUACACUCCGGACACGCGUUCGGUGCAUGCGACCGAGAAGACUAAUGACGACGAGAUGAAUAUAAGCGAUGGAAGCGAUGCUGAUUCGACGCAUCAAUUGGCCAACUCGAGCGCGCCUAGUCCGGUGCGCUGGGAAUCCGAAGAAACUGCUGUGACGGCAGACACGAAGACGAAUGUCGCUUCGUAUGAGCUCGAGGCGGAGUCUGAACUUCGGCCGUACGAGAGUCCGCAAAACGCACGGAGUCAGAGUCCUGUCAAUCGAUCUUUAUUCAGCCCUCGUCACGAGUCGCAUACGUCGGAGCCGCAAGCCAAAGAGAGAGAAAGCUCGAGGGACGACUUUAGCAAGGAAGAUCCAGAAAAAGAGAAGCCUGCGGCGACGAGCGUCGGCGAAUCUCAGUUGUCGGUCUCGUUCAACGCCGUACCUUCUUCCGACAGGAGUCUGGUUAUCAAGAUCUGCACCAACAGGAACUCGCAAUUCAGCGUCACCAGCUCAACUGCCGUGAGCCGGGGUUCCGAGGAGAACAAUAAUGCGGAGGGCUCCACUACAUCAAAGGAGAAGCUCGCGAACGGCUCAGACAGGGAGAAGGACGUUGUAGGCGAUGACCAAACGAACGAUCUGGACGACAGCGAUUCCGACAGUGACAAACUCGCGGUGGUAGACAGCAAUCCGGAGGAGGAUGAUGAAGGUGAAGAAGGAGAAGAAGCCGAAGAGGCCGACGAAGUCGAAGACAAAUGCGACGAUACAAUACAGAUCGGUAGUCAAGAACACAGCGGAGACAUCGGGAGUGGAAUAUUCGACGUGACGGAGACCGACGUACUGAGCGGCGACGCGACAGAGAAGCUCGACAACAACGGGACUGAGGGGACUGACGGUGCGAAAGUAACGAACGACCACGACACGAGCAACGACGACGGCAUAGCGUUAGCCGGGGAAGACGCACCUUGUAUGGACUUGAACGUCGACGGGACUCUGGACAGCAUAGAAUUGGACGAACUGCUGAAGCGCUGCAUCGAGGCAGCCAGUCCGAUCUGCGUGUAUUGCAACCACGCGCGCUGCAUAGCUGUGAACGGCAAGCAACUGGGCCUGCAUAUGUUGGCGGAGCACAAGUUUCAACCGCAGCAUCCCGCGAUAAUCAUCCACGCGGAGCAGUUCACCGCGCGGGUGAAGCGUUCCUUGGACGAGCUCGAACCACGUUACUUCAAUCUCAACACGUACGACAGCGUGAAGGGCACAUAUAAUGUGCCGCAGGUGAGGAUGUAUGAGUGUUUCCAUUGCAGAUUCCACUCGCCGAUCCACAAGGAGCUGUAUUUGCACAACCGGAAGAUGCAUCAGAAGACUAUCCUGAUUUGCAUCAUGUGCAAGUCGACCUUCUACAGUUACAGCGAGCUCCUAUGCCACCUGUGUCCAGGCGUUUACUCGCCUAAUAUGAAUCUUCGCUAUCGAUGCUGCUUAUGCUCAGUGAACAGCCUGCCGUCGUCGUUCCGGCUGAUGGUGCACCUGCGCAAGCAACACCACGCCUGCGACGUCUGUCUGGAGUCUACCGGCAAUCAGCAGCGGCUGUCGAAUCAUGUGUGGAAGCACAAACUCCAUCACCUGUGCUACCGCUGCGGCAUCGCGUAUCGCAACAAACCGGACAUCACUAAGCAUCUGUUCUGGAAGCACGGUACCGAGAGCGUUCUCUGUAGGAAGUGUGUGCAGAAGAAGUGGCCGUACAUCUAUCACUUCUGCAUACCGCCCGCUGAGUUCAAGUGCGACGAAUGUGAAUGCAAAUUCAAGCGCGCGGUCGCCCUCAAGGUACACAAGAGGCUGCACUCCACAAACCUGCCAUACGGUUGCGACGAGUGCUCGGAACGUUUUAUAUCGCGCAAGCUCUUAGCCAAGCACCAAGCGAGUCACAGGGAGCCCGAGCCGCAAGACGUCGACGUGAACGUUACGGACGUGGAUGAUCGUCCGCCAACGGACAGAUUGGAUGAGAAAUCGGACAAGGACAAAACUCAAACGGGGAACGAAGGCGCGAGCGCGGGAGCGGCGCUGGAGAGCGUCAAAGACGCGAAAGAGGCUGUGAAGAGGGUGGUAGACGUUUACGACCUGCCACCGCUCAAUCUAUCGUCUGAGAGUGACACGGACAAUGAGGAGGAGAAGGUUAGCGCCGCGGAAAAGUCAGCGGAAAAGGAGAAAAUUGCAACAGAGAACGAGAAGACCGAGAAGAGCGGGGAAACGGUCGAGGAGGUGGCUGUUGAUGGCAAUGCCGCGCUGGUCAACGAUAUUGUUGACGUAGAGCGGAACGAGGAAGAGAAGAAACAGGAGGAACGCAUCAUGGACGGUAUAUGGGACAAUUUCAAGACAUACGCUGCGAGUCUGGAAAUGAAGGAUUCCACCCAGAGCUUCGCGUUAAAGGAGAAUUCGCCUGAACCGGAUCCGGCGUACCUCAAGAGCAUCGUCUUGGCCGAUCACGAUUAUUGCGUCGUGUGGUCCAACAACGGGGACCAAGUGGCGACUUCCAAGGAAGACGACGGGAAGGAGGAACAGGAUGACGUCAAGUCUCGCAAGAGCCCGUCGCCUGGCGGCAGCCCGAGCCACAAUGCCAGCUGUGAGAGCGAUGCGACCAAGCGCGCGAAGGUAAAGUCUCCCAAGAAGAAGAAGCGCAGCGGUAGCACGUCGUCCAGCGACUCGUCGAGCGACACCGAUUCCAGCAGCUGUUCUUGCGGCACUAAUUGCAGCUGCAGCAGCUCCUCGUCCGGCAGCUCGUCCAGUUCCAGCAGUAGCUCUGACUCCGACAGUUCGACGUCCGAGAGCUCGCCCAAGAAGCAAUCCAGUCGUCGUGAACGCGGCAAGAAGGAGAAGGAAAAUGCCCGGGAGAACAAAUCGGACUCGGUCGAGCCGGAGAACAACAAACCGGAAGAGGUCGCAAUAGAGAACGGUAUCGUGACGGUGGACGACGUGGUAACGAAUGAGCCGGCCUUACCGUUGAUGCGGGAGUCCGACCUGGAGACCGAUGAGACCGUGACGGACGAGGACUUCUACGACGAGCACCCGCAGCAGCUCGCUAAUACGAAACGCAAUCAACUGAUGCUGUUGGCCACCGUCUCGACGUCAGUGGAGCAAUGCUCCACGCAGCUGAACAACGGUGUUGCAGAAGUCACAGCAGAGAGCACGACGUUGCACAAGCCGAUCACGAUGGCUGUCGAGGAGCGGCCACAGCAGAAGAGGAAGACGAAGACGAAAAAACGACGAAAAGGCGAGAGAACUAAUAAGCGCAACACCACCGCCGCCGCCACCACGAGUACCAUGGAGUCGAUUAAAUUGAACAUUCCUAAAGCGUACUACCAGAAGAACCCAGCUUUCGCCGCGUCCUCGCCAGCGAUGUUGCCGACGUUGAAUCCGAGCAGGUCUUCGACACCGAAUCUACCAGUGUGUAAUGAUCUUCACGGUGUCGGUGGUGCCCUUAGUGGCGGUACCAGCAGCAGUACGAUGGAGAUGCUGCAGACACCAGUGGUAGGUGGCGUCACUGCACCGAUGUAUCCGAGUAUGCAGAACGUAGGUGGCAACGGCUCGGAGACGGAGAACAAGAGGUCCUCUAAGAGGAAACGCGUGCCGAAGCGCUUCUACGGUGACUCGAGCGACGACGAGCCACAGGAGAAGCAGCAGGUAGCGCACAAGUGGACGCGGAAGACCGCUGAGACCGUCGUGCCGGCUUUCGCGCCACCACCGGUGCCGGUAGCUGCACCGCUCUCGAUGACGACUUCCACACCAAUGGCGAACCCAAAAUCGAUGCCGCCUUCGAGAUUAUCGUUUGGCGGUAAAAUGACACAGCAAGCGUACAGGCCCGGUCAGAUGGAAAGCCAGCAGCAGGCGUUACCGGUCACACUGGCGUCUGCUACUGAGUCCGAGGGUGCCGCGGAGACGAGUAGCGACAGCAGUGAGUCUGAGACGGAGGUGGACGAUUCCGUGAGUCACAGGAGGACCUAUAACGACCUGCCGCCGGCUAGCGAGACAGCACCAGCUGCUACCGAACGACCGGUCAAGAUCUACUGCUAUUGUCGAUGUCCGUACGACGAGGUGUCGGAGAUGAUAGCCUGCGACGGCGAGGACUGUCGUAUCGAGUGGUUCCACUUCGAGUGUGUCGGUAUAAUGGUGCCGCCCAAGGGCAAGUGGUACUGCCCGGACUGUCGGAGGAAGCACAAUAUCACACAGAACAAUGACGAGUACUGCGAUUGAUAGUUUUGUUGGGCGCGAGCGCGCGAGCCGAUGAUGAUGGCGUUGUUGGUGAUGAUGAUCGUGGUCUUGGGUCUAAUCACUAACCACUCUGUGUUACCAAAUUCGACCGAUCGGAGUUGCUCUUCGAGACAUAUUGCUAGCGAGUUGUUUCCCUUCUUUGUUUCCUUUCUUUCUUUCUUUCUUUUUUUUUUCUUUUUUUUUAAGCGAAGAGAGACGCUCUGUACCGUUCCAUCGUUGAUAUUUUUCUUAAGUCUCAUGCAGGAGAGAAAGAGAGAGUGUGUAUGUGUGUGUGUAUGCGCACGCGCGUGUAUAUGUAUGCGGUUUGUAUAUAUUUGUAAAUAUGUCCUAGAAUUUUUAAGAAUGAAAUCAGUUUUUUGUGUACAUUUCUUUGUACUUCUUGCAACACAGCGCCAUGUAUAAAUACGUCGCGUAGGUAGAUGAAAUAGAUAGGUAGGUAGAAGUAAAUAGAUCAGGUACGUGAAAGUCGUACGUGAGAGCCUAGCUUCGCGAGGGCAGGGCUGUGUUUUACGAUUUGGAAUAUUCAUCAGUACGUUACUGAUUGCGAUCAUGAUUGUUCGCGCUCGAGCAAUCUCGCAUAUUUCUUUAUCAACCUAAAAAAAAAAGGAAAACAGCACGAAAGUGUCUAAUAAAUCCGGUUCUACUUCCUCGAACCGCGGACACAGUCUUGUCGUUUCUUUUUUUCUUUUUUAUCACUAUUAAACUAUUUUUAUCACUAUUAAACUAUUCUAAAUUUUUAAAUCGUAGACUCGUUAAGUUUGCACCACGUUCUCUACUUGACUAGUGGUUUUCUUUAGUGAGACGUUGUUUUGGACCAUCAAUUUUGAACGCUUCCUUAAAUCGAUGUACCUUUUGAGGGGCGAAUCUUUUCUUUCUUCUAGUCUGUAUCUCAUAUUGUCGAAGAUAAGAUGAUAUUCUUUCAGCAAUUGCAAACAGCCCUUUGACUAACGGACAAUUCUGUGCCACAUUGAAAAUCCGAGCAAUAGUGUAAUAGUUCAUAGCCGCCGUGACUAAUUUUUCUUAUAACGUAUCAGCAAUGAAAAAGUUCCAAGUAAAUUGGUAAGAAGAUGAGCAAAUAUUUGAAUAUUAAUAUCAAUAUCAAUUAUAAUCAAUUGAUAAAACGAUCUCGUAUAUAUAGGUAUAUGUAUGUACAUGAAUACGUACGAAUAUAUCUAUAUGUACAUUGAUAUCAACGCGCGGCAGUCACAAGUUACAGGAACAGCGUAUUUAAAAUUUAACAAAUAUCCAUCGAGCAGUAUUACGGAGACGAGGAUGUAAGAAAUGCGAUCCGUCGUACUCUUACAUCUUAUUCAUUCGAAUUUCGUUGUACCAUUCUUUAUAUCUUUUUACAUUAAUUAAAAGAAUGGACAACGAACGAACACGAACGUCAACGGCAUUUUCGCCCUAGCGUUUCUUCCUAUCGCUUCUCUUAAUCUUAAUCUAAACUCCAAAGGAAAAACUCUCGAAGUUUGUUAUUAUUUUUAUUUCUGUAAAUUGCUUGCGUUCAUAAUGCAGCUCGUUACAACGGUACGACACAGCUAUAAACGACGCCUCUUAGAGUACCGAUACUACAAAGUAACUGUCACGCUGAUUCCUCAAUUGUCAGCCCUAUAGUUUCCU